AUGAAGUCAUUUUCAAAUAAUUACUGUAAGAUCUACCAAAACUAGUAAACUUCUUGAGAAUUGAAUUAGAAGGUAUUUAUCUAUGUAACAAAUAUUAGAUAAUGCUUAAUUCAUUGAACAAUAUCAAAUAAAACGAUUUCCAGCAAUUUUUCUGGAAACCAAAUCUGGUGUCAUAUAUCAUUAUAAUGAUAUUUUAAACUAUGAAACACUUAUUUCCUUUGUUCAUUAUUACUUAAAUGGAUUACAAUUUCAUCAAUAUAAUUCUUUUCAAGAGAUAGAGACUGUCAUUAAUAAUUAAUAUAAUUAACAAUCAUUAUAUGACAUUUAUAUUAUUGGAUUAUUUUAUGAUUAAGUUGAAUAUCAAGAUGAAAUUAAACUCUUUACAUAAUAAUGUAAGAAGCUCUUUAAUUAUAGAAUUAAAUUUGGAUUCUUAAUGUAAAAAUAAGAAAUAAAAAAUAUUUAUUCAAAAUAUAAUACUUAUUCCCAUAUUUUAAUAUCAAGAUAUCCAAAUAAUUAUUAAUUUGUUGAUGAUUUAUUGGCUUAACCAAUUUUACCAUUAAUUUAAGAAUUGAAAUUUGAGAAUUCCAAAUAUUAUUUAGGACAUGCUUUAAUUGUUAUUGAUUCAAUUUAAGAUAAUAAUAAUAAUUAUUUAGUUAAAAUAUAAAAGAUUGCUCAAUAAUUACCAUCUUUAAGAUUUGCAUGGAUUGAUGGAAAUUUAAAUGAAGAUAGAUUAUAGAUGUUAGGAAUUGAAAAAUUUGAUUAAGAAACUAAAUUAACAAUUUUUAAUUUGGAUUCAAAUGCUAAUGCUAUUUAUAAUGGAGAUUUACAUAAUCUAACAACUAUAUUUACUUUUUAUAAUGAUUUCAUAAACUUAGAUUCCAAACAUUUUCAUUAAAAAUAUUCAUUCAUCAAAAAAGAAUAAAAUAAAUCUCCAUCAUAACCAUACAUUUAAUAUAAUGAAAAUACUCUUAUCAUCUUAAUACCACAAUAUGAUGAUCAUCAUACUAAAAUAAUUAAAUAAAUAUAAUAAGUAAAUAAGAAAUUUCAUAAUCAAUUCAAUGUUUCCUAUUAUGAAGCUAAUCAAUUCAAAUUAAUUUAUUAUUAUAAUUCUAUUAUAUAUUAGUUAUCCCAUGAGUCACUUGAAACAGCUUUGAGGGAAAUAGAAUAAAUUAAUAAUCAAGUAAAAUUUCCACAUGAAAUUCCAUUACUUAUAAAUGAUCAAGAUUUAAUUGAAUUUCUAUUAAUAUAAUAAUAAUGA